AUAUUAUUGGCCCAUAGUUUUGGCACUUGUGAAAACAAAUAAAUGAUUUAAAAGCAUUUUUAAUGGAAUUUUAAAUGCUGUGUGCAUUAGUUAAACAUUUUCAUCGAAAAGUGCUGCUACUCUGUUAGGUUUUCUAUCCGCCACUAUGAUGCAUUGGCAUACGUUGAUUUCAAUACUAGUUUUUUGGGUUGCUGUACAUUGUUUUAUACGGGUUGUGACGGACGAUACACUCAGAUCGCAGAAAUUGGAACUUGCCAAUAAAUUAAACACGUUGAUGCAACAUCCGGGAUGGCGAAAAAUGGACUACAUUAAAAUUGCAAAACAUAGAAAUGGUUGCAGGGAAAUGGCGGAUCCCAUGUCCGUAAUACUCGACGCCGUAUCUUUGAACCAGAAGCCGGUCGACGUAUUCAACGUCCAGGAGAAAUAUGAGGAGAUCUCGACUGUGCUCAAGUGUAAGUACGCUGAGGUUAUUUUUAAGUACAAGAGUCUCGUGCAACAUUUCAUACGGGUUUGCCGCAACGAAAGAAAAAAGGAUAAAAUGGCCGACAAUUCGCUUGAAAGUUAUUACGAAUGCUUUCGUUUGUUGCUGGUCAAACUUCACAGCAUGUCUACGAGGUUCAAGUUCAUGACAGACGCGUUACAGUUUAUUUCCUCGAUAGGUGUGGAAGCAAGACCUGUGAGUGCUAUAACGGUCGCCACAGAAAAAUUGACCGAGUAUACUUCAACUGUAGGGCCGGUAACUUCGUCGAUGUUGUCCCAAAACGGCAUCAACGAGCAGGUGGUUGGAUUCGCAAUGAAAACCAUAAUCGAAUAUUUUGUAGAUGUAAUUACCCACCACGUAUAUUCGUUUUCACACUAUUAUUGCAACAUUUUAUCACACAAUUAUUGGACUUCACAGAUUUUACUCGAAGAUUUUAUGUCCAAAAAGAGGCACAAGCUGAUACCGGAGGAAACGACUAUGGUGCAAUAUGUAAAAGACGAAAUGGACUCUUUCGUUGACGAUAUCUAUGGCAGUUGUUUCUUCGACUUGGGCUUGGCCCACGACUUGCCGGGAAACGUUAUAAUCCGGAAUAUUUAAAAUAUUAUUAGCCAUUACCAAUUUACAGUGUAGAAUUAUAAAUACAGCAAUGUAAUGUAUCGCAAGUAGACUAUAGAUAGAUAAUAAUCAUAUAAUUAUCAGGACAUAAUCAUGUAUUGAUGUAUCUGCGUGUGGAUACACUUAACUGAGUUUACUCAGUUUUUUUAUGUGUUUACAUAAUAAUAAUUAUAUUUGUUAAAUAUUAAAAAUAAUUAUAGCUUAAAAUAGCAAAUAAUAAAUUCGUAUCGCAAUAAGUGUCUUGAUUGGCUAAAAACUAUUUUGUCUUCUGGCUGAACACACAAACAUAAUAAAUAUACAUACAUAUGUUAAACAUAGUGGUAGUCUAAACAAAAGUAGAAAUCAUUGAAAAAAAUGUACAAUUUUUGGUUCGUAAACAAAUUUAUCAACCAACAUGCUUGGAACAUUGCGUAUAAAUUAUGAUGUUGACGUAAAUUUUAUUAAGUGUAGCCUGCUACAAUAUAUUUUGGCACGGGUUUAAACAAAAAAUGAAAUUCAUAUAAACGAUUGUUAAGUUUCAUGAACAUUGAGUGCAAAGUUUUUCAUCGAAUAGAACCUACUGCGUUUGGUUUUUUACCCGCUACAAUGAUGCAUUGGCAACCGUUGAUUUCAAUAUUAGUCUUUGUGGUUGCUGUACUUUGUUUUACACGCGUCGUGUCAGGUGAUACGAUCAGAUCGCAAAAAUUGGAACUUGCCAAUAAAUUAACCACAUUGGUGCAACAUCCGGGAUGGCGGCAAAUGGACUACGUUAAGAUCAAAAAACAUAGAAGAAAUAUCAGUACAAUCGAGGAUCCCAUGUCCACAAUACUCGAGACCUUAUCGCUUAACGGAAAGCCGUUCAACGAAUUCAACGUCCUGGAGAGAUAUAGAGAGAUCUCGACUGUGCUCAAGUGUAAGUACGCUGAGGUUAUUUAUAAGUCCAGGAGUCUCGUGCAACAUUUCAUACGGGUUUGCCGAAAUGAAAAAACUAAAAAUGGCGACAAAACGACCGACUAUUCGCUUCAAAAUUAUUACGAGUGUUUUCGUUUGUUGCUGGUCAAACUUCACAGCAUAUCGCCGAGGUUCAAGUGCAUGGCGGACGCGUUGGAAUUUUUUGACUCGCUAGGUAUCCCACCGAAAUCUCAGAGUGCUGUAACGGUGGCCACAGAAAAAUUGACCGCGUAUACGUCAACUGUUGGGCCGAGCACGUCGUCGAGGUUGUCCGACAACGGUAUCAACGAGUAUGCGGUCGAUCUCGAAAUUAAAUCCAUAAGCGAAUAUUUCUUGGAUGUAAUUAACGUGCACAUCGCUAGGUUUUCAAACUAUAAUUGCGACAUUCGGUCUCACACAUAUUGGAGUACACAGGUUUUAAACGAAGAUUUUGAGUUAAAAAAGAAGCACAAACUGAUACCGGAGGAAACGACUAUGGUGCAAUAUGUAAGAGACGAAAUGGAUAGUUACAUUAACGAUAUCUUGAGCAGUUGUUUCUUCGAUUUGGGUUUAGCGUAUGACUUGACGGGAAACGUUAUAAUCCGGAAUAUUUAAAAUAUUAUUAGCCAUUACCAAUUUACAGUGUAGAAUUAUAUAUUUAUAUAUAAUAAUGUAUUGUGUAUUUCCGACUCAUGUAGUUAGUUUUGUUUAAAACAAUUAUGUAUUAACAGUUAAAAUAUUCAACAUGGCAAUUUGUUUUAUUGCUUUGUACUCGUACACGUAGACUAAUUAUAUCAUUUAAGUAAACACGAUAAAUAAUACAAUUUGAAACAAAUUGAUGUCACGCAAAUUGAAAUGACCAUUUCGGUUAAAAAUAAAAAAAUUAAAUUUUGUGCC